CUAUUUUCAGUGCUAUUUUGCCAUAUUUUGCCUCCCUCAACCCCUUGCAAAGGGUAUCCCUCCAGCGCAGGGUGGGGUGCCAGUUUAAUGGAUUCCUGUGGCUUUGUCAUUGUUGUCACGCUAAAGUUUUUGGCGUCGCGCGUUUCAACGACGCGCUGUGAAUAAGAAGCACGUCCCACCAGCUUCUAACGCACAUUCAUCCUUCACACUCCCCAAACACGCAUCUUCAAAGAGCAUCUACAGUGGCCUACUUCUCCUCUCUAUAGUCUCCUAUAGAAAGGCCAUUGCUUGCAAGUGUCCUGGUUGACGCUGCAGAGUCUUUAGAUACCAAUCUCAUUCCCUCUUUGCCCGUUUCUUCCAUCGCCAUCCGUUGUCGAAAGACACGACACACAUCACCAACAUGUAUGUCAAGAAGAGAGAUGGACGCCAAGAGCGCGUCCAGUUCGACAAGAUCACUGCCCGUGUCUCCAGACUGUGUUACGGUCUCGAUGCUGAGCACGUUGAUCCCGUCGCCAUCACACAAAAGGUCAUCUCCGGUGUCUACGGCGGUGUCACUACUAUUCAGCUCGACGAUCUCGCUGCCGAGACCGCUGCCUACAUGACGGUCACCCACCCUGACUACGCCAUCCUCGCUGCCAGAAUUGCUGUUUCCAACCUUCACAAGCAGACUAAGAAGCAGUGGUCUACUGUUGUCAGUGACCUCUACCACUAUGUCAACCCCAAGAACAAGAGAGCCUCGCCCAUGAUCUCCAAGGAGACAUACGAGUGCGUUAUGAAGCACAAAGAGGAGCUUGACUCUGCCAUUGUCUACGACCGUGACUUCAACUACCAGUACUUCGGCUUCAAGACUCUUGAGCGCUCAUACCUGCUCAAGAUUGACGGCAAGAUCGUCGAGCGUCCCCAGCACAUGAUCAUGAGAGUCGCUGUCGGUAUUUGGGGUGACAACAUCGAGCGUGUUCUCGAGACCUACAACCUCAUGUCUAACAAGUUCUUCACCCAUGCCUCCCCUACCCUCUUCAACGCCGGUACACCCCAGUGCCAGCUUUCUUCCUGCUUCUUGGUUGACAUGAAGGAGGAUAGCAUUGAGGGUAUUUACGAUACCCUCAAGACCUGUGCCAUGAUCUCCAAGAUGGCUGGUGGCAUUGGUCUCAACGCCCACCGCAUCCGUGCCACAGGCUCUUACAUCGCUGGUACCAACGGUACCUCCAACGGUGUCAUCCCCAUGUUGCGUGUCUUCAACAACACCGCCCGCUACGUCGACCAAGGUGGUAACAAGCGUCCCGGUGCCUUCGCCAUCUACCUUGAGCCCUGGCACGCAGAUGUCUUUGAGUUCCUUGACCUUCGCAAGAAUCAUGGUAAGGAAGAAGUCCGUGCCCGUGAUCUCUUCCUUGCUCUCUGGAUUCCCGAUCUUUUCAUGAAGCGUGUUGAGAAGAACGGAGAGUGGACCCUCAUGUGCCCCAACGAGUGCCCUGGCCUUGCCGAUUGCUACGGUGAGGAAUUCGAGGCCCUGUACGAGAAGUACGAGGCUGAGGGCCGUGGCCGCAAGACCAUCAAGGCUCAGAAGCUUUGGUACGCCAUCCUUGAGGCUCAGACCGAGACUGGUAACCCCUUCAUGCUCUACAAGGACCACUGCAACCGCAAGAGCAACCAGAAGAACUUGGGUACCAUCCGCAGCUCCAACCUCUGCACUGAGAUUAUCGAGUACUGUGCCCCUGAUGAGGUCGCUGUCUGCAACCUUGCUUCCCUUGCUCUUCCUGCUUUCGUUGACUACAACGAGGGCAAGUAUGACUUCAAGAAGCUCCAUGAAGUCACCCAGGUUGUUGUCCGCAACUUGAACAAGAUCAUUGACGUCAACCACUACCCCGUUCAGGAGGCUCGUAACAGCAACAUGCGUCACCGUCCCAUUGGUGUCGGUGUUCAGGGUCUUGCUGACGCCUUCCUCGCUCUACGUCUCCCCUUCGAGUCCCCUGAGGCUCGUGAGCUGAACAAGCAGAUUUUCGAGACCAUCUACCACGCUGCCGUCACUGCCUCUGUGCAGUUGGCCAAGGAAGAGGGUCCCUACUCUACUUUCAAGGGCUCUCCCGCCUCUGAGGGUAUCCUCCAAUUCGACAUGUGGAAUGUCAAGCCCAGCGACCUCUGGGAGUGGGAUAGCCUCAAGGAGCAGGUCAAGGAGCACGGUAUCCGCAACUCUUUGUUGCUUGCUCCCAUGCCUACUGCAUCUACCUCGCAGAUUCUUGGCAACAAUGAGUGCUUCGAGCCCUACACUUCCAACAUUUACCAGCGCCGUGUCUUGGCUGGUGAGUUCCAGGUUGUUAACCCCUGGUUGCUCAAGGAUCUUGUCGACAUGGGCUUGUGGUCUGAUGCCAUGAAGAACCGUAUCAUUGCUGAGAACGGAUCUAUUCAGAACAUCCCCAACAUCCCUGCCGACAUCAAGGCCCUUUACAAGACUGUUUGGGAGAUUUCCCAGCGCCAGGUUGUCCAGAUGUCUGCCGACCGUGGUGCCUUCAUCGACCAGUCUCAGUCCUUGAACAUCCACAUGCGUGAGCCCACCAUGGGCAAGAUCACCAGCAUGCACUUCGCCGGUUGGAAGCUCGGUCUCAAGACCGGCAUGUACUACCUCCGUACCCAGGCUGCUGCCGCUCCCAUUCAGUUCACCGUCGACCAGGAGGCUCUCAAGGUUGCCGACACCAACACUGGCAAGGAGCGUCUUCUCCCCAAGAAGCGCGCCCCUCCUGCCGGUAGCAACUACAUGUCGUCUCCUUCCGCUGUUCCCAGGACCGCCCACCUCAAGGAGAGCGGAAACUUGGUUAGUUCCAACGGCAUCCCUACCCCCAGCGCCACUCCACCCCCAGCGCUGACUGAAGGUCUCAAGUCUCGUCCUCUCGGUGUUCCCAUCAAGGCCGCAGCCAUGAAGGCCGAUGCUGAUGAGGGUGACAGCCCCAAGGUCCUUGCCUCGGACCCUUCCGAGAAGGUUGAAGGUGGCGAGGAGCUCGCUACUAAGCAGUCUGAGGACAAGGACUCUGACAACGAGGAGCGCGAGAGAGAUAUCUACUCGGAAGCUGUUCUUGCCUGCAGCAUCGAGAACCCCGAGUCCUGCGUCAUGUGCAGCGGUUAAGUAUUUGACUGAACCUGCACUAUGACGGCCUGUCACGUCAGGUACGUUGGCAUGGUAUGCAAAUGGGAAAUGAUUGGGAAGAUUAAUUGGUUUAUGGUGUCUUUUGUCUUUUUGUUGUUUUGUGUACCCUAUCCCCCUUGUUUAUGAUUGUUUGUUUUCCCUUGCACUUUCCUGAAAACCCGCACUUGACUACAUUUCUGCUUCCGGCAUUAGAUGCAUUUGACCUCGAUGAGGAUAUUUAUAGGUCGGGAGCACUUUACAUGGACUGUGUACGCAAACUACCAGCCAUUUGAUAUCAGCAUUUCAUGUUAAUGAGACUUUUUUUAUUUUCUUACAAACUGUUCAUGGCCCGUGAUUGUGACGUGUAAUCUAUCCUGGUGAAUUGUCCGGUCAGCAUCAACAAAGACAAACGAGAAAGACCAAGUUACACAGGGAAGUGCCUGGCUUGCAGACACUAUAGUAUUAGCUCAAGCACCUAUACCGUUACACAGGCACAACGUAUAACAAAACAAUUCCAAUAAUUUAUAACAUGUUUUUUGUUCUCAUUUCAUUCAUUCAUAAUGACAAACAGCCGUGAGGCAUGUCGGUACAAAGUCUAUCGGAUAUCGCGAGGGCCGAAAACAUUGCGCGGGGCGACUUGUCCCAAAAUGCAGUGUUUACAAUUCUAUAGUAUGAGAAUUCUAGCUUCAUAUAAUAAUUUAACAGCGUCACAUCCCCAGGCGGCCAGAAGAAGCGUAUGGACUGCAUUCAUACACACAUUCUUUUUCAAGACUCGCUAGCUGGCUGUGGCCACGAUGUGGACAACAGCUGGAUUGACAACCCCCCCAAAAACAAGAAAAAACGAAGGCUAUUCCAUUCAGCCCCAUGUUUUGUUUUUUUCUUUGUGUUUUAUAUUCAAGCGUGCAAUGGGCACCGCUUCAUUUGGCAAAUGAUCAAACCAUUUGCGUAAGGCAAAAAAAGGAAAAAGGAACAAGAAAGACAAACCAACCCUGACAUUGGGAAAAGCAGUAGUUGUGCCAGGGAAAACUCCAAUAAAAUGAUACCAAGACUUAUACAAGCCCCUAGUUGUGCUGGAAGAGCACGCUGAUGGAUUCACCGUGGUGGACGCGGCGGAUAGCUUCGCCAAAGACGGCGGAGAUGUCAAUGACCUCGAGCUUAGGGCACUGGCGGCAGUGCUCGUCCUGGGGGACCGAGUUGGUGACAAGCAUCUUGUCGAUGGCCGAGGCGUUGAUUCGCGCAAUGGCAUCACCGCUAAAUACGCCGUGGGUCAGCAGUGCGUAGACCUUGGUGGCGCCCUCCUUCUUGAGCAGCUUGGCGGCGCGGGUGAUGGUGUUGGCGGUGUCGGCAAGAUCGUCGACGAGGAUGCAGAUGCGGUUGGCAACGUCGCCGACAAGCAUCAUGCUGGCAUUCUUUUGCUCGGUGAACUUGAUGGGGCGGCGUUCCUGUAUAGGGUGUUAGCUGCUUGCUUACAAGAGGCCAAAGGUUAAGCAUCACGUACCUUGUGGAUAAGGGCAAAGUCCAUGUUAAGACUAUCGGCAAUGGCAGUGGCACGCUUGGCACCACCGGCGUCGGGGGACACAACAACAGCUUCUCUGUAGCCAGGGAUAGCCUGCUGGAUGUAGUUUUGCAGCAGGGGUUUUCCGUAGAGGUUGUCGACGGGGAUGUCGAAGAAGCCCUGGUACUGGGGGUCGUGCAGGUCCAUGGUGAUGAUGUGGUCGGCGCCAGCGCAGGUCAGCAAAUCGGCAACCAGGGUACCGGCUUGCGCAAUCCACUGCUUGUAUCCCGGCUUGGGCUGGAAAGCUCGUGCGUUGGCUGGCUUCUCGUAGUCGUGGGUGGUGAAGCUGCGGACCGAAGCGGCAGAGCCUUCCGAGGUGUGGCCGCGGGCAUGCGAUGUGACGCUUGCCAUGGUAUCGGAUCUCUUGGUGGGCGAGAAGUAAUCGCCGUUGCCCUCAACAUGCUUAUUGCCAGAGAUGGCAUUUUUGGCGAGCUUCUCAGCGAGGCUGUCGACGCCGUUGGCUAGGCCGUUGCUGCGAGGGCCGCCGGGGCGAGGCGUGGGAGGGACGCUCUCAAAAGUAUAGUCGUGCUUGCCAGCCGCCUCUGAAGGUUUUGAGAGGGGAGCGCCCGUCUUGUUGUAUGGCCAGUCGGGCUGUCGAGAGUAGGGGAAAAGCGGGAUGACGGCGGUGACACGCUUUGCAGAGCCGGUUUUGCAAGCCGAGAUCAUGAUGCAGAGAUCGAUAAGGUUAUCAUUGACGUUGCCCGAGCCGGACUGGAUAAUGUAGACAUCCUUGCCACGCACGGAAUCCGCAAUCUCGCAACGGCUUUCACCGCUGGAGAACUUGGUAAGAAUUCGUUGGCAUUGAGGGAUGCAGAGAAUGUUGGCGAUGUUGUCAGUCAACUGCGGGUGGGAGUUGCCUCCGAGAAGGACGAUGUUGCGAACCAUCAGUAGAGAUGAAGGCGAUGUAUAGCCUUGAUGAUGUUGUUCUGAUUGGAGAUGGAAGAGAGGUCGCGUGAGGGGUGUCUGUGCCGAUCUAGGGAUGCAAUAUCCAAAGAGGUGGUUUUGCUGUCGGGCUAUCUCGAGGGAUAGUGGGAUGGACGCUUGCGUAGAUGGGCGGCGGCAGCUGCAGAGGGCAGAGGAGCAGCUGUAUUGACAGGCCUAAUAGAAAGAAAGGAAGCAGAGUUGCGACUCGAUGGUCGUGCGUGUUGAUGCAGCACCUUGCGAAUCAAGGUUUUUUCACGCAAUUGCAGCGUUUCCUUGCGAAUGGGUUUUUUUUCUGCGGCGUAAAUUUUGAGUCAGUCUGCCGAGCUUGUCCGCCCGCACCACCAAAAAGGCUCUUGAACGGUGGGGGGGAAGCCCGUGGCAGCCAAUUGCGGGGCAGCAAAAGGCUGCUGUCUU